ACAAUUUAUUAAGAAGGGAAAUCGACUAUGGAAUAAUCAAGAAAAUUAAACUUUUAAUUUAAAGUCUGAUUGUCGAAAUCAUAUCUCUAUAAUUAAUUAAUUGCAGGGAAUGUUAUGCUUUAACUUAAACAGGAACAUGCAACUUUAUGUGUUAUAUUUGGAAUGCCUAAAUAUGCACAAUAACUUAUAGAGAAUAUGCAAAGAAACUUGGAACUGCAGACAGAAAAGGUAUUUAGAAAAUAACUUACGGUGCAGUAUUAUUUUAUAGAACUACAGUUAUUUUAACUAUACGAAUUCAUUUUAAGAAAGACUGAUUUUUAUUUAGACGUGAGUUUAAUGAUAAAAUAAAUAAAGACAAACUUGCAAAAAGGAUAUAAGGUGUGUUCACCAAGUCGGAGAGUGUGAAAAGGUGUGGUGUAAGAGUUCAGCAUUCGAACCUUCUGGACUCGAAAUAUCGCCGGAAACCAAUCGUCGCUUUGCCUGACCAGACACCCGACGGAAUUAGGGGCCUGGCGGGGGCUAUGAGCGUCGGUCUGGAGGGCGGCCAUAUUGGCUUCCUGGGCGCUAGUUCCGGUGGAGCGCCCGAGAGUCCCCCGGCGUCCUUGGCGGAUAUGAUCAGCAGGAACAAGAUGUUGGAAGCGGCGAUACCGAAGUGUGCGGGGUGCGGGGAACCAAUCCUGGAUCGGUUUAUUCUCAAGGUGCUGGAGCGCUGCUGGCACGCGCGCUGCCUCCAGUGCGCGGACUGUCACGUGCAGCUCACGGACAAAUGCUUCUCUAAAGGCGACCAUGUUUAUUGCAAGGAUGACUUCUUCAGACAUUUCGGUACGAAGUGUGCCGGAUGUGAUAAAGGCAUUCCGCCAACGGAAGUAGUGAGGCGUGCCCAGGACAACGUUUACCAUUUGGAAUGCUUUGCCUGUCUCAUGUGUAGUCGGCAGCUGAAUACGGGGGACGAGUUCUACCUAAUGGAGGACCGGAAGUUGGUCUGCAAAACUGAUUACGAGGCUGCUAAGGCCCGAGGGGAAGAGGGUUUUGGCGACUACGGCCUGGAUGACGCCAGCAAGCGUCCACGGACCACGAUCACCGCCAAGCAGCUGGAAGCCCUGAAGCGCGCGUACAACGAGAGUCCAAAGCCCGCCAGACACGUGCGCGAACAGCUGAGCGCCGAAACGGGUCUCGAUAUGAGGGUGGUACAAGUCUGGUUCCAAAACAGGCGGGCGAAGGAGAAGAGGCUGAAGAAAGACGCGGGACGGCAGCGCUGGUCCCCUUAUCUCCGACAACUAAAGAAAGGGGGCGACAUGGACUCCUCUCUAAGCGACGACCGCUCUGAGGACGGCAUGACUGAUUACCACCCUGACUUAGAAGAAUUGGAUCCUGGCUCCGUUCACAGUGGACGUCUCUCCAGCGACCUGUUCUCCAGUCCGCUCGACCACGACCAAUCGCUUCCCGGACCACACGCGCCACACGGACCUUCCGGCUCACCGCCGAUGGACGGCUGGGGCCCGUAUGGCGGGCUGAUGGGCGGACCCGGACAUGGAUUCCUUGAUCGCCGGUCGCCGGGGAUGGGCGCACAGUUGAUGCCGAUGGACGGCAUGCCGCCCAUGAUGGUAGGGCCAAUGGGCGGCCGCAUGAUGCCACCGGAUAUGCCGGAUAACGGCCGAGGAUAUCCGGAUUAUAGUCAAAAUUCAAACCACGUGGAAGUUUACUGAUGUUUACAAAUCAUCGUAGAUAAAACAACAUUUGAAUCUUUAAAUCUAAAAAGACACGUGCUUCACGAGUAGAUCGCGCUCGUGCUUUUGGAAGACUUGAUUCCGACGGAGGUUGGUUGGCGAUGGACGCUGGAUGGUGAUAUAAUGAAUUCGAUUCAGAUUGAUCUAGUCUGUUUAAUGAAGAAUUCGUGGGACAGACACACCCCACCAUAGGUUGACAGCCCCUCUUCCCUUUCCAGCACGAUGAACUCGUGAGUUCGGACAAGCUGUUCGAAUUAAUGGAUUGUAUGGCGUGCUUUUAAAACUUUCUUGCCAAACAGUUAGUGAGUAUUUCUGGUCACAAAGAUUAACUGAAUGUUUAUAAAGUAUAAUUAUUUUAUGUUAUAAGAAUCGCAAAUAUUGUUAAUCUAGUCAUAGUGCAAACUCGUGUGUAUAUUUUGUGUCGAGUGUGUGUUUGUUAAAAUGUAACAACACAAACAUAUAAAAAUAUGUUGAUAUAUGUAUGAAGACAUAAGUAAUAAUAACACACAUACAGCCGAACCCCGUUGUUAGGAAAUAGCUUGGCUCAAUUUUCCCGUUGGCUCGAACUCGAUGUAUUGAACCGAUUUCUUUAUACUGAAGGUAAGCAUUCCUGCUUGGCUCGAAUUCCUCGAGGCUCGAUUUAUUUUCGCCGGUCCCUGGGAGUGCGAGCCAACGGGAGUCGACGGUAGAUGGAACGUUUGAUUGCAUCAUUAUAAGUCCGAGUUGAUUCUGACCGUACGCUUUCUUUAUAAAAACAGUUUAUUAAGUGUUUGCAGCAUGUUAAGACCACGUUACGAUGACUAAAUUUCUCCCACCCUAGAUAAGUAGAUCCAAAUAUUUGACCAUGCUGAAAAUCCUUAUCUUGCCCACGGGCAAUUUAAUAAAGUCUCGUAUUUUUAAACAAAAACAUAUAUGUUUACUAUAUUUGUUUAAACUGAGAAGAAAAUGUAAAAAAAUCGACACCAAUAUAUACAUUUACUGAUAUCAAAUAUUAACCAUUAUAAUCAUUGAUCACACUUUGUUUUAAGUGAAAAUAUUUGAUAAUAAAGAAGGUGUCGAGCUAUACACAUUUUGUUCAACAAUAAUGUUGCAAAGUAUGUGUUACAUUUAUGGAUCAAAGUUAAUAUUUGAUAUCAGUAUAUGUAUAUAUUGGUGUAGAACAAGGGUCUGUAAAGGGACUAGACACCAAAUGGUCCCCAAAUCGGCAAUUACAGUAUUUCCUCGAAACAAGCCUAGAAUUAUCAAUACAAACUAGGAUGCGGCCGAUAAAUGAUUUAAAGAAUAUUCUGAGUUUACCCGUUAAAAAUUAGCGCAUAAUGGUUUCCCAGUUUAUAGUGUGUAUAUUUAGCUUAUGAAGGUCACGCGAUUAGUACAAAGAAAUAAACUGGCGCUUUUUUAAAAUUUACUGGGAUUUACGUGGUAGACAAACCCAUUAAAUUUCGAACUGGAAAAAAUACGCACAGACUGCGAUAGAUGCAUGUGAUACAUCAGUCCAUAAGAUUCAAUGCAUUGUACACACCGAUAUCAAUUUUAUGAAAUAUUUUGUAUAAAAAUUCUUGCAAUGGUAUCAUCUGGUGUCUAGUCCCUUUAAAGCUGCACUCUCACAGAAUGAACGUUCUGACAUUUUUAUUUUUUAUUGUUUGUCUUGGAACGAGCCAACUUUUGCGAAAAUCCGUGGAAACCAGCUAAAUAAUAAUGCCGACAAAACAUCAGACUUUUUGUACUUUAUUUCAAAAAUUGAUGUUUCAUGCAUUUUUCUUAAACCGUUAAUGGCCAAAAAAACAUUAUUUUUUAAAAAGAAAUAUGAAAAUCUACAGUCUGAUUUUCUUGUCAGCAAUCUUAUAUCAUUGGUUUGCAGAUAUUUGCGCAAAAUAAUGCUCUUUCCAAGAUAAAAAAUAAAAAAGUUGCAAAAAUGGUAAAUCUGUGAGAGUGCAGCUUUAAAAUCAUCACUUAUAUACGCUGCACAGUAAAGAAUAAUUGACUAACGAGAUACUAGCUAAAAUAUCGAACGAGUUUUCACGCCUCGCACGUUUUUUCAGAACUCGAACCUCUCUUUGAAAAACAUGAACACGUCAACACUUAUAAUGUGUAAAGUAAUAUACCUACUAUCUGAUGACAUUUAGAAUACGUAAGAUGUCUUAGUAAUGGUGUGAUUACCGACACAAGCAAUUCUAUGGAUAUAUUUCACACUCUCAUUAUCUGUCAAUAAUAACGCUAACGGAAACAUUACUCAUGUAUACCAGUUAGUCUAGAUGUACUUAGGAAAAAUAUAAUGAGAACCAUGCUUAAAAAUGAUUCACUUAGCUUAUCUAAUAACCUUUACAGUCGAACCCCAUUGGCUCGAACUCGCUUUGCUCGAAUUUCUCGUUGGCUCGAUCUGAAUGUUAAGGAAAAGUUUCUUUAUACUGAACGAAAGCAUUCCCGCUUGGCUCGAGUUUUCCGAGGCUCGAGAUAUUUUCGCCGGUCCCUUGGAGUUCGAGCCAACGGGGUUCGACUGUAUUUGCAUUGCAACAUAUGUUACUGCGAUUUUAGUUUAAGUUCUACAUUAGGUAUGUAUUAUCUUUCACAUGUCAUGUAUUACAUGCCCAUGGUUCGAAAUAUAUUUGAUAUUAUCUUUAUAUUAUAGUAAGUGACUAAGCCACUGUAAGUUGAUCAUAAAACAUUUCCAUCCAUAGCAUUGUCGUACGAAGUAAUUAUUCAUAAUAAUGUUUAUCCAUUAUGUAUAUAUUUAUGGCUUGGCUUAUAUGGUUGGUGAAUAAACGUUUAAAUUGUGUAAAUUGAUACACAUGGUAUAUAUCUAGGCAUUCCAUUACUUAUGUGUGAACCGAAGAUAAUUUUGUUUGUAUGUUAAUUGUCAUGAAAAUUCCUAUGUUAAAUUAUAUUAAUAUACUUAUAUACAUAUAUUAUAUUAAUCAAAUAAUCGUCAUUAUUCGAGUAUCAUAUUGCAUUGUAAUGAAGUUUAUGAAGUUUAUAAUAGAUAAAAAUACAUGACAUGUGUAUACAUGUGUAAACUUUCCAAGGUUAAUUUUUGAAGACCAUAAAGGGCUAGUAAAAUAUUGUUUAAGAGUAGAAAUUGUAUAACAAUUGAAUGAAAUUAAAAAAUAAAAAGAAUUCACUAUAUUGAAGUUGAAGUUUAAUCUUGUAUGAGAAGUCAUGUUGUUUACGGACAUUAUCUGCAAAGGAUCACUUGAAAAUCAUAUCUAAUGUUCGUACCAUUUUGUUUUCAUUCUGUCUUUUAAAGACAAAUAUUAUACGCUAUUUUGGAACAACCCUCUUUAGUAAAAUUUAUUAUCUCCUAAUUAAUGCUUUUGGGACGACCCUUGUAUAUAAAAUAAUGAAUUUUUGAUAAAGGACAACCCAUGUUUCGAUUUGGUAACCUUUAUAAGUUGGAUUUUAAAAAUGCAUUGCGUGUAUAAAAGGUAUAAUGGAAAGUUGAGUUUAAUUGUUUACAAUGUUUU